AUGGGCGCUUUCAAGAACCCCUCCAUCGCCGCCCUCCAGAGUCGCAGCCGCUUCUGCGAGGGCUCCAUGAACGACCGCGCCUCGGCCGCGCCGCCCGUCCACUUCCUCGGCCCCGAGGCCCUGGCCGCUCUCGAACAGCCCGUGCCUCUUCCCGCGAGCGGCAGCAGUGGCAGCAGCGUCGGCAACGGCAACAAUCCCCGAGCGAGCCAGGAUGCCGGCAGCAACAGCGGCGGCUUCUCCCAGACGUGGUCCCGCAAGACGGGCAGCAGGCUCUUUGGGCAAGUCUGGGAGGGCGUGCGCGACAAGCUUCGCCUGCGCAAAGACGACAACAGCAGUAGCGGCUCGAGCAAGACGCCGGCGGCGGCCAUUUCCGCGGCCAAGACGACAACGGCCGUGACGACGACAACGGCAGAGCACAUACCCAUCUUCACAGACCCGGCGGAGCGCGACGGCCCUCCCGCUUCACGCACGCGCAGCAAGCUCGCCCACCCAGCAGCACCAGCACCAAUCGACAUCCCGUCCUCCGCCUCCAUGGAUGCUACUACGGCUGCCGACUUCAAGUUCACAGGCUUCCAGACCGCGCGGCCGUCGCGGGACGAGGUCCUCGCGAGCUACCAGCAGCUCAUGGCCGGCGGCUUCUUCCAGGCGCACGCCAUCCACUCCAGCCGACACGGCCUCGCUCGACCGCCACAGCCGCCACCACCGAUGCCAGGCACCAGCCUGCCCGCACAAUCUACGUCCAUGCGGCCCGCGACCGCUCGCGCAUCCUCGCCGCCGCCGCAGUGGCCGCUCGCCUCGCCUUCAUACACGGCGGCGGCGGCGGUGCAGUCCCCCACAAGCGUCUCCUCACGGGGCACCAAGCGCGCGGCCGUAAACGAGUCCGACGACGACGAGAGCAUGCACGAAGCCGACGACGGCGACGACGCUGGCGUCUACGACAAGGAGAACCAAGCCCCGCCGCACCCCAACACCGUCCACGACAAGAAGCGUCUCCGUCGCAGCAUCUCCCGCGAGAGCCUCUUCCUCCCCAAGAUCCGCUCCUCUUCUUCCUCGCGCCGCAGCCUCUCCACCUCCUCGCACGCCCUCAUCCCUCCCGCCGCGACCAACAAGCUGCAGAAGCGCCGCCCGCACGCCAACAGCAAGUACCAGGACCACCAGCAGCAGCAGCAGUACGUCAGGGCCGCGUCGCGCCCCCGCCACGUUAGCGACGGCGGCGGGAGCGCGCGCGUGCUCCGCGGUCGCCCUGCGGCCGCCGAGGCGAACCGCUCGAUGCGCGUGGUGCCCGAUGAGGGCCGCGGCAUCCCCAGCGUGCCCGCCAUCCCGGCCAAGUUUACGUAUGGAGAGGAUCGGCAGAAUAACGGUCCCUGGAGAGGACUUCGAGUGCGUUGA